AUGAAGACCGCAGAAGACAAGCCGCUCAUCGCGGGUGGAAGCAAUGACGACAUCUUCACCAUCGAUGAGUUGAUCAAGCGGCGCGCUGCAGAGCUGCGAGGAUCGCCGCUGCUGUGCUACCCGAGAGAAGGCUUGACAGACCAUGAGGAGCACUCAGCAGAAGCCAUCGACAGAUACGUGGAUGCGGCAGUCGAAGCAUUGCAGCAAAGAGGGCUGCAGCCAGCGGAUCCAGACCUCGAGCAAGCCCCUUCGGUCGGCAUCAUGGCGCAUUCAUCAUUGGCUUUUAUUAUCACCCUUCUAGGCUUGAACAGGUUGGGUUACGCAGCUCUCUUGUUAUCCACACGACUCGCAAGCCCGGCAUUACAAUCUUUACUUCAAGCUGCAGACUGCAGUACCAUCUUGACGACUUCACAUUUCUACGAUGUACUAGCAGAAGUGCAAACGCUACAGGAUCUCAAAGUGAUCGAGAUGCUGAAGCACGAAGACUACUACGGAGUAGAAGCACCCGUUUUCCAACGCAAAUACGACCCACACAGAGAGAACCCUAAACGAGCAGUCAUAAUACACUCGUCAGGCUCGACAGGCCUGCCAAAGCCCAUCUAUCUCACGCAUCGGAGCUGUAUUGCUGCUUUCGGGACGAACCUGGACCGAAAAGCACUAAUGACGCAGCCACUUUUCCACAGCUUCGGCUUCUACGAGACGUUCCGUUCGAUAUACUCUGGAAAGCCUAUGUACUAUGUUAAUUACAAUUACCCGUUGACGAAGCAGAAUCUGCUGGCUACGCUUGGCCACGUCAAGCCAGACCUUCUUUUCUGCGUGCCGUAUGUUCUGAAGCUGCUGGCGGAUUCAGACGAGGGGAUUCGGUGCUUAGCGGAUAUCGAUCUCAUCAUGUACGGUGGGAGCGCAUGUCCAGAUGAUCUUGGCGAUAAGCUGGUGAAGCAUGGGGUUAAUGUUUGUGCGAACUAUGGCGCGACGGAGACAGGCCGAGUAAUGACAUCCGUGCGGCCCAAAGGCGACAACGCCUGGAACUACCUCCGCAUCCUCCCGCAGGUAAAACAAUUCCUCCUCAUGGAUGAAAUCGCCCCCGGAAUCUUCGAGUGCGUCGCCCUCGACGGCUUGAAAUCAAAGAGCACCGUCAACUCCGAUGACCCGCCGAAUGCCUUCCGCACACGAGACCUCUUCAUGCAACAUCCCUCGAACCCUGACUUCUGGAAAUACGUCUCGAGACUAGACGACAGGUUGACGUUGGUAAACGGUGAGAAGGUCCUUCCCAUACCCAUCGAAGGACGCAUCCGCCAGGAAGGUCUCGUGCAAGAAGCCAUCGUCUUCGGCGACGGAAAAGUCAUCCCCGGCAUCCUUAUUAUUAAAGCGGAUGCCGCCUCGCACAUGUCCGACGACGAGUUUCUACAGCACAUCUGGCCGAGCGUCGAGGACGCGAACGCCCGCGCAGAAAGCUUCUCCCGGAUACCGCAGGAGCUGGUGGUCGUUCUGCCGGCGGGCACGAAGUACGCCACUACGGACAAGAGCACGUUCAUUCGCGCGCAGGUGUACGAGCAGUUCAAGCAGCAGAUUUACGACGCGUAUGAGAGGUUUGAGAAUAACACUGGUGGGUCGAUUGCGCUGCCACUCCAGGAGCUGGAAGCGUACCUCCUGCGCCGGUUCCGCGAACAGCUCGACGUGGCGCUGGAAUCCCCAGAGACGGAUUUCUUCGCCUUCGGCAUUGAUAGCUUGCAGUGCCUGAAGAUGUGGAGCUUGAUCAAGAAGGAGAUUGAUCUUGGGGGGAGGCAGGCCCAAGUCGGGCAGAAUGUGCUGUAUGAGACGGGCAAUGUUGCGUCGCUUGCGCGGUACCUAGAUGGGCUGCGUAAUGGGACGCAGGAGGAUGUGCAGGAUCAAGAACAGGUUAUGAGGGAUUUGAUUGACAAGUACUCGUCUUUCGACACGUUUACUUGGCCCAGCCCGGAAAAGCACGUCGUCUUAUUGACAGGCGUCACAGGCGGUCUAGGCGCCCACCUCCUCGCACAACUCCUCCAACACCCUCACAUCUCCUCAAUAUGGACCCUCGUCCGCGCCCCCUCCGACCUCACAGCCCUACAACGCACACUCCACAGCCUCUCCUCCCGCGGCCUCUCCCUCUCCCAGUCCCAACUCCAGAAAAUCACCGCCCUUCCCUCCGACCUCAGUAAACCCGACUUCGGCCUCCCCCCAAAAAGAUUACAAGACCUCCGUUCAAAACUCACCCUCGUCAUCCACAGCGCCUGGGCCGUAAACUUCAACAUAUCCGUCUCGAGUUUCGAAAACGAACACAUCGCCGCAGUGCAGAACUUCAUUAACCUGUGCCAGUCGACGACCCACGGCUCGCCAGCGCGGUUCUACUACUGCUCUUCCGUGUCAUCUGCAGGAGGAACGCCGCGCCCUGGCAUCGUACCCGAGCGUGCAGUUCCAUCCAUCGCGCACGUGCAGAAAACGGGGUACGCGCGCUCAAAGUACGUCGCGGAGUCUAUCGUCCUGGCCGCAGCCAAACAUGGUGCUCAUGCCAGGGUCCUUCGAAUAGGCCAAUUAAUAGGCGACACUUCCGUCGGCGCGUGGAACACGACGGAGGGCAUACCGCUUAUGAUACAGACUGCGCAGACGGUGGGUGCGUUGCCAGCGCUAGAUGAGGAGAUGAGCUGGUUGCCGGUUGAUUACGCUGCGGGUAUCAUCCUCGACUUGUGCGAUGUAUCACCCCUUUCUGUGGUUUCAAAUUCAGAACCGGCACGCGAGACGAGACCGGACCUCGUAUACCACGUGCUCAACCCCACGCGCUUCCACUGGACGCGCGACAUGCUGCCCGCGCUGUCCGCCGCGGGGCUCGCGUUCGAAACGCUUCCGACUGAGCGGUGGAUGGAGAAGUUGCGGGCGUCGGACAGCGAUCCGGAGAGGAAUCCGCCUAUUAAGCUGCUGGGGUGGUUUGAGAGUAAAUACGGGCGUGGCGCGAGUAAGGCGAAGGGAGCGUUGGUGUAUGAGACUAAGGAAACAGGGAGGAAGAGUGCGACGGUGGGGAAGGUGCCUGAUGUUACGGAGGUGGGGUUUGUGAGGUUGAUGGUUGAGAGGUUGAAGGGGAGUGGAAACGGGGUGAGGGCGGGAGUUAGGUGGAGUAGCGGGGAACUGGGCGGAGGGCGCGGGAGUUAA